CUAAGCACCAAGCAAAGCCCUGCAGGGGACAGAAUAGGCAGCAGUAAAGCCAGUUCCUGCAUUCCAGUCUGCUUCGGGCAGGACCUAUGCUCAGGAUUUCUCCAAUGGGGCAGCUCCGGGCAUGCUCAGAGACAGAGCUCUGUGCCUGGGGAAUGCAAACUGCAACAAGAUGAGCUCGGCCACCUCCAGGACGGGGCAGCCAUAGAGUGAAAGCUCUUUGGGCUGUGAUUUCAGCUCAGAUUCCAGCUGAACCCCACUUUAAGAACCAAAACAGUUGAGUGGAUGCUUUACUGCACCUCCUCCUGCACAGCACAGUGUUUGCUGGGUAUGCUGUGUAUAUUUAUACUGUGUAUAAACAAGUGAAUAUCAGCAGAUCCUUUCACUGUAAAACCAGACAGAAGAUUCAAUAACCCAUACGGUUGGAGUCUCAAUAGGUUCCUUUGGUCCCACGCUGCCCCAGCAGGGCCAUUACUGGUGCCUAUGGCCGCACCCGGGUGGCCUGUGGGGAUCUUUAAGGGCAUUUCCUAAGCCCUAAUGUGGAAUUAAAACAGCGCCGCUAUUCCGUAGCUCACCAUAAUGAGGAUCAGGGGACACUCCAGGCCUAUGGGAGGCUCUUGGCCCAGGAGAGCUCAAGUGUCCCUGUGUAGGCCCAGAGCAGCCUGCAGGCCUUUAGGGCCCCAAUGGCUCCUGGUGUGGGAUAGCCCUGCCUUAUAACCUCCCAGACCUAAUGGUGGCCAUGAGGGAGCUGCAGCUUCAGGUCUGGGUUAGCUGAGACCUCUCCUCUAAGCAAGGGCUGGGGGAGCUGAGCUUCUGCAGCAUGGAGAAGGGAAAGCUCAAGGGAGACCGCAUUGUGGCCUUCCAGGACCUGAGGGGAGCUUAGGAACUGGAAGAGAGCAACUCUUUACUCAUUCUGAUGUUAAUAGCACAAGGAGGAAUGUCUUUAAACUAAAAAAGGGGAGGUUUAUCUUUCCUCAGAGGGCAGUGAGGUGCUGGCAUAGUGUUAAUUCAAAUAGUUAUUGGAAAUACCUUUAAAAAACGUGUUUUAAAUAGUGAUGCUAAAGGAAUAAACAAAGGAGAGAAAUGGGGAGUGUUAUCUUUAGGUGCUUUUGUGUGUUUGGUUAGAUAUUUCACAUGGAAACAGAGGUCUCUGCUAUGUACACAGUGCCUCCUUCAUGACACAUGCAGGCUGGGGCAGCUGUCUUCUGUAUCACAAGGGCAAAGGUUUCAGAAGCAUCUAAGUGCCCAUCAGUCUGAGAUAUGGCAGACUCCAUUUACAGAGGUUUCAACAGGGUGAGCCACUGGCUGGUGUUUCAACUUGUAAAAUCACCAUGAAGAAAGGAAAAGGAGGUGUUCAAAACAAGAUCCUUGAACUGUGUGCUAAAAUCUGCCACAGAUCUUGAAAAAUGGGAUAAAAUAACCACAAGUAAUUACUAUAUUGAACACUGAAAAAGACACAGUGCUCAGCAGGGCUUUUGCUUUAUCCUCAUCAUAAAUUACGCAGCCUGCCCACAGAUAAAGUAAGUGUAUCACACACAUAUUCAUGUUUCCUAACAGUAAAUGAAGAUGGAAAAAUCAAGGCUGUUAUGGGGAUCUUGAAAAGUUCAGAUUACAAAGUACAGUAAUAAAUUAUCAGUAACCAUAGAUAAGCACUUAUCAAUGCUGCAAAAGCUGUAUUUCAUAUUCAAAAUCUUUAUGUUGGUCUGUGAACUGCUUCUGUUACAUGGCCAGUAGGGGAGUACAAUAGGAUCAGGAAGCUACCAUGAAUAUUUUACACCAAACUUUAGUAUGUUUCAGAUUACACUCACUAUUAAAUAUUUAGUGGCUGAAAAGAAAGUUCUCCUUAAACCCUUGUCAUUCACAUUUGGGACUUCAUGAUACCAGCUGCAAUACAUGGAUGGCUUUUUUCUUCAUUUUGACCGUUUUUUUAAGCUUUGCUUGUGAUGAUGGGGAGCUGCAACUUCCACAGCACAAGGACUGUCAAAAUGGAGUUCACUGCAGAAGAAAACAGAAUCUGACAAACUGUCCAGCAGGCUUUUUCUGUCCUGAAGGAGGCACCACGCCAGUUCCAUGUCCCCGAGGCACUUUCCGUUCCGAAGGAGCAGCACUGACACCACACAGCUGCUUGGCUUGCCCAGUGGAUUUCUUUAAUCCCAUGCCUGGCCAAAAAGCAUGCCUCCCAUGCGGCUCAGAGGCAGCACAGCCCAUAGAAGGACAAGAAACAUGCAUCUGUCUUGGGAAAGGCCAGGUGUUCCAGGCUCGUGAUGCUCACUGCACUUGUCCUCCAGGUUAUCGGAGCUCACUGGAUGGCAGAAGACACUGUAUCAGAAGAGCAUAUGAUAUUUGUCGAGAUUCAGCCUCCCGCAAUCAGGAAGGACAGUGUCUAACCAAGAAAGAAUGGACUCACUAUUGCUCAGAAAAGGUUUGUAGUACUCCCAGGGAUUAUCAAGGCUACGACAAGGUUCUUGGCCUCUGCAUCUGUCAAACUGACCGUCUGGAGAACAUCUGUGAUUCUCAGUGUAGGAGGCAACAAAGAGAAACCCUGCAAAUCAGCUGUGCAGAGGAAAAUCCUCAGCUUUUUAUCACAUACAGAAAUGGAAGCAAGGUUGCCAUUCUCUUAGAAGAAUUAAGAACAGUUCUACUAGGAUCAUAUUUCCCUUUAAAAGAUGUCUGUUCUUCAGAACAAAGCAAAUACUCCCAUCCAGCAUACAUCGUGAAAGCAAGUGGGAGAGGAUUUUUAGGAGUGUACAAUCCUGACCCACAGCUAUUUCACAACUUUAUCAUGCUGAACAAGGCUUCGUCGCUUCACAAAAACAGGUCUUCCUCCCCAGCAGCUCCAGUUAAUUCUGACCAUGAAGAACCCAGAUCUUCCCUGGUGCAAAGCCUGAGACCUUCAACCUCCACAUCAAAAAAUAUAUUUAGUGGUAUCUUAAAUCCUACCACAUGCAUUAAUGCUAAUGUUACCAUUGUGUUCAUUGUCUCCAAGGAGCAUUACCCAGUUUAUGAUGUGAACAACUUGUACAACACAAACCCCGAAUUUGACUGGGGGGACUUUCGAAGACUUGCAGAGGAAAUAAGAGCUGUUUCCCAAACCUUCCUCUUCUUCCUUUUCCAGUUCCAGCACCCUGGUACCUAUGUGUUACAGCUGAGCAGCAAUCAGCACAAAAAAAUGUACAUUAGGGUCAUGCCACUUGGAGGACAGUGUUAUGAAGAGGGGCCAUUCUUCCCCACAACUCCCAGAUAUGCUGUGCAGGUGGGCAUUGCAAGAAGACAAGAACUCCUAUUGAAACCUGACUGGACAGCCAUUAUUGGAGUAAUCACGGGACUUCUCACAUUGCUUAUUACCUGCGUGUUGUUGACACUUCUUUGUCAGGGACUUAGCUGGUCACAGAAGGGCACUGCCUGCCCUCCAUUUCGAAGGCAGCAGCUGAAAUACAGUCUGGACAGAUAUUCCUCUAUUAUACCAACAGUCUUUCCCAUCAAAAAAUAUCACCCCUGGCUGCAGAACAAAGGUAGCAUGGAUGCUGACUCUUGCAGCGCUGGCGGAACAGCCUGCUCCCUGAAAAAGGGUGGUGUUUGGGAACCUGAAGAACAGAUAGACCUCGAGUCCUUUAACACCAGUGUUUUCUUUGAACUUUUGCUGAGGCAGUCACGGUCAGUAACAGCCAAACUGGGCCAUUUCAAAGAAGAGGUAAAAACUGUAUAUCGCAAGCUUACAAGUGAAAUAUCAGCACUGAGAAACCUUUGGGUUAUGACACUAAAUAUCCCAGAAGAGAUGGACUCUUACGAGAGCACAAUGAUGGAGAAUUAUUUAAAAGCAAAACAGCAGGCGGAAGAAGAGAUGCAGCACAGGAAGCAGUUGGCUGCGGAAUAUGAGGAAGGUGUGAACAAGCAGAUGCAGUUACUGCAGCAUGAUCUGAAAUGCCAGGAGGAGCAUUAUGUCACAUUCAAUUCCACCCUGCGAGAAGCAGUGAGGUUGGCAGAGAUGCUGACAAAUAAGAUGGCUUGUAAAAGAAGCCAAACCACUUGGUCCCAGCCAGACUGUACAAGCCUGUUAGCCCAGAUAGAUGCUGCAAGCAACAGGAUGUCAAGCUUAAUAACAACAGAGAGCCACCGCCUCAAAGCAUGGGGAGUGCUGGGUGAAGGAACAGGAGCUCACCUUCUUAACAAAGCUAAAACCAGGAUCCUUACCAAACAGGAGCUUGUGGACCCAAAUGGCAGUGCCCGAGCACCUGAUAUUGUCUCUGUGGAUCCUGUCACUGGGCUGUUAACUCCCAGCCCACACUGUGCCAUGAUGCUGAGCAGCCAGUGCUCUGGGCCAGUACCCAGUGACCAUUUCCUGCAUCCAGGCACAGGGAAGGUGCUUCAUGUAGCUGGCAACAUCGGUUAUGAUCCCAUCAGAUCUGGGCUGGUCUGCACUGUUGAUUCUGCUUCAGGUGAGCGUCAGAAGCCUGAAGUGCCCAUAUUUCCCUACAUUCCUUACCCAGUUUGUCCUGACACUGGCCAACCCAUGAAGACAAAACUUCCAGUCCUGUGUCCUGAAAAAAUCUUUGGUCUUGGAGGACUCAUGGCAGAUCCAGUGACAGAAAUAGAAGUCCCAGUGCUUGGGGUUACGAUUCAUCCUCACACUGGGCAAAUGCUGGCUGUCGGUGGGACGUACCUCAACCCCAUCACCAGCACAUUGACACCACUGGAGGUCGGGGCUCCUAUGAUAGAGCCAGAGGGAGGCAAGAUUGUUCCGAUCCUCGGGGUUGGUUUGGAUGGUAAAACUGGAGAAGUUGUACCUCUAGGUGGGCUGACAGAUCCUUCUGGAAACCUGAUGCUUCUUGGAGAUUCCUUCAUUGAGCCUCUGAGUGGGAAAAUUGCCCGAGUACAGGGAGCUCACCUGCAGCAAGGCAAGGUGCUGCCCCACGGUGGCAGUUACCAAGCAGUGCUGGAAGCUGAGUGGCUGCUGUCCCAAAGUCGGGUAGUGGAUGCUCUAAAGAAACUUAAGGCAUCAGUUUUGGAAGAUACCUGUCUAGCAGCAGACAGAUUGGCAGUGCUGAAGGCUUCAGUAGAAGAUAUGAAGAAGUCUUUCACUGCUAGAUUUUACCAUGCAAUGCACUGCUUGCAAAGCCUCAAGAAGAAACAAGAAAUAGCUUCAGAUUUCAAGAGUAAUGGGGGGAAUCUGGGUAUGAUCAAAUAUCCUGGCACAGAGAUGUGGAUCCCUGCAGUGUUUGGAAUGAAAAUCCCAGAUCCCGGUGGGUCCAGUUUGAUGGUGCCAAUUCUGGGAAUAGACUUUGACUGCAAUAGCAGGCAGCCUUCCCCACUCGCAGGGACCAUGGAAGAUGGAAAUGGAAAAGGCCUCGUCCCUAUCGCUAUUGGUGCCAGGACCAUAAGUCCAAUUACAGGUGAAGUUGGGCCUGUUAUCGGUGCUCAGACCCACCCCCGGACACACAACGUAAUUCCUAUAGUUCAGUCCUUCAGAGCUUUACCAAGAGCCACAGAUUCAGAGCUGCUGCACCUCCUAGAGAAGGAAAUAAAUUCAAGGCAAAUAUACUGGCAUUGCAGAACAAAAAAGGAAGAAGGGCUCCUUAAGGAACUGAGUUCUCUAUUUCUUCAUGUCCUUGAUGCUGCAAAAGAGGGAAAGGUACAGAAGAUAAAAUGCUGGGGGGAAGUGAAAGACAUUGAGGAAAUGUGUCAUUUUCUUGAAGGAUCCUCUCUGCAAGAAGCCGAGAGAAGAGCUUCAAAGUAUUUCAGCAGCCAGCUGGGCACUGCACUACCCUUACUGUUCAAAGCUGACAGAGAUGAAAAAGAACAGGAAAUACAGGUUCUGCUGGAGAUCAGAAGGGCACUGGAAAAGCUGAUGCAGUUCGUUAAGAAGAUCCAAGAAGAAGAAAAGAGAAUAUAUGUGCAGCUGACACAGAGGGAGAAGCAAAGGGGAUGCACAUCAAGUACAGGAACAGAAACCAAUGUGAUGCUCAGACAGGUUAUACUGGCUCUUGCCUCUGAAUUUCAGCAAUGCAUGCUGAAACAACAAGCUAAUGUGGAGACUGCAUACACCAAGCUGGAAUUUUUGAGGGACUUGUCAGGUAUCCAGACCCAGCAGGCAAAGAUGCUUUUCUGUGGGUCACAACACUGUUUUGAAAACUAUGAGACAGCCAGAUACUAUGGCAGCAGUGGGAUCUCACACAGUACAUGCAAGGCCAUCCAUCACAGUGUGAUCCCACUGCUCAAGUCUAUGGUUCAGAUGCUGGAGGAAGAUGGCAGAAGUUAUUUAUCAUCUAAGACACCUGAAACAGCAGAUUCUUCUCAGAGUAAACAAGAUGCCUUCUCGAGUCAAGAAGGAGAACUAAUAGUAGUGGAUUCUGCAGCCCUAUCCACAAGGGAGUUUGUUGUAUAUCAGUAUGGCAUCUCUUUCUUGCAGUUUCUCAGACUUCACAUUGAUGCUCCAGAAGUUAACCUGUGUGUUGCCGCCAGUAUACCCCUCUGUAACAACACAGGCAAUGCCUUUGGGAACUCCUUCUUUUAUCAGACCUCAAAGAACAAACUGUUCAUUCUGAGGCAUUGUCUGGAUUCUGCUGGAAGUUUCCUCCUGCUCCUCGUGCAUUGCUUUGCUCACAUCACUGCUGCUGACUUCAGCCAAGACACCAACCCAACCUUCCUGAGGCUUUUUUAUCAGGCACUAAAGACUUGCCUUGGUGAGAUGUUCUCUCUCAGACUCCAGCUAUCAGCAGUUCUCCAAGGUAAUAAAUCCCCUGGGAUAUCUCAGAUGUUGCUGAAGGAAGAGCCAUUAUCCAAGGAAGAAAUAAAUCUCAUCUCCCAACUUUUUGAGGUGAAAGUGAGAAACCUCAUAGAAACUGAAGCCCUUGAGAAGAUACAAAGAAAGACCGAGUCCUGGUCUGGUUGAAAUCUCACCAUCCUUUUUUUCCUUACUUUCUUACAAAAUGGCAAUUAAAAGCUGCUUAUAGAUAUCUGGGCUCCCACAUCUGCAGCUAUUGGUUCAUAUAAAUCACUAGGACAGCAUAAAAAGCAGUGCUGUUAGAAACAUAUGUAAAGAGUCUAUUAAAGGCUUUUAAAGUUAACACUGACCAGCUCUCUGUGUUUGAGGAACCACUCAAUGUCAGCUUGUUUGGGAAGAGAAAAAAGCAUUUCCUUCAUGCCCUUUAGGCAGCUAUAAAAUGGACAGCUUUGGAUGGAGGAUGUGAUUUGCGAU